CCAUGGCUACCAUAACUUCUGCAACUUCCAUGAUUGGAAUUCAAUGCAACUUCGAACCUCCACAGCAAUACUUCUUCAACCGUUCUAUUAAGUGUUCGCUUUCGAUUCCCCCUAUUUCAAGCCCUAAUUUCACUCUUCACAAGCUUUCGUUACAUGCAAUGCCGGCCAAUUCGUUCCGAGCCAACGCUUCCUCUGCUAUAGACGCUCCAAGUGAAGAAUUGGAGGCUUCUUCAAGGGGGGGUAUUGGAGCAAAUGACUUGUUAAUUGUAGGACCUGGAGUUCUUGGGCGUUUAGUGGCUGAAAGGUGGAGAGAGGAAUACCCAGGCUGUCAGAUUUUUGGGCAGACAAUGACCACUGAUCACCAUGAUGAACUUACUAAAAUGGGAAUUAGUCCAUCUUCAAGAGAGACCAAGUUUACGUUUAAGUUCCCUUAUGUUAUAUACUGUGCUCCUCCAUCCCGAACUGAAGACUACCCUGGUGAUGUUAGGGACGCUGCAUUAAAGUGGAGUGGUGAAGGCUCUUUCCUGUUUACCUCAAGCUCUGCACCAUAUGACUGCUCUGAUAAUGGAUCAGUAGAUGAGGAUGGUCCCAUAGUCCCAAUUGGAAGGAGCCCAAGGACUGAUAUCCUUCUCAAGGCAGAAGAAGUAGUGCUGGAGUUUGGUGGUUCUGUUGUUAGAUUGGCGGGUCUUUAUAAGGAAGACAGAGGUGCACACACAUAUUGGUUACAUAAAGGAACUGUGGAUAUUCGCCCUGAUCACAUCCUCAAUCUUAUCCAUUAUGAGGAUGCUGCCUCCUUGGCAGUGACCAUAUUGAAGAAGAAGCCCCGCAGUCGGAUUUUUUUGGGUUGUGACAACCACCCCUUGUCCAGGCAGGAACUAAUGGACUUGGUCAAUAAAAGUGGAAAGUUUGAGAGGAAGUUUGAGGGUUUUACUGGAACUAGUGGUCCUCUGGGGAAGAAGUUAAACAAUUCAAAAACUCGUGCUGAGCUAGGAUGGGAGCCUAAAUAUCCAAGUUUCGCUCAGUUCCUUGGAGUUUCAGAUUAAAUUGCUGCAGAAGCUCUAUUCUUUCGAAUUAUUGAAGAAAUGCAGGUGAACUAUUUUCACAGAGUUGUCUUUUAAUGCGGCAUAUUCUGAUCAGUGUUUUUGUGCACUUAAUUGCACCAUGUUGUGCAGAUAUUGCGUGUGUAAUAUAAUUCUGAGUUUUGGUUUAUGUGUACUAUGUCUCCGCUGUAAUUUGUUGUUAGGAAGUGUUUGUCAAUUACUACUGAGAUGUUUAUAAUUGGAUUAAGGUGAUAUUCUUGAAA